GUGGCGGUGGAGGCGCAGCGCCGGACAAGCGAUGGUUGUGUGUGUGUUACUGCUGGUGUCUCUGUUCGCCUGGCUCCCUGCUCCCACCCUCAGCCAGGAGGCAGUGAGCGCCCACCGCCGCUUCGAGUACAAGCACAGCUUCAAAGGACCGCACCUGGUCCUGCAAGACGGUGCCAUUCCUUGUUGGACACAUUACGGCAAUGCCCUUCCCAGUUCUGAACGAGUUCGAGUUGUUCCUUCGAUGAAAAGCCAAAGUGGAUCAGUUUGGACGAAGACUAAUGCAGUGUUUGAAAAUUGGGAGAUAGAAGUUUCGUUUAGGAUAAGUGGCAGAAGCAGAAUUGGAGCAGAUGGAUUGGCUAUAUGGUAUACCAGAGAAAGGGGGCCAACAGGGCCAGUUUAUGGAGCAGUUGAUCACUGGGACGGAGUUGGCAUCUUCCUUGACACGUAUGACAAUGACGGCAGGUUGAACAAUCCAGCAAUCCUUGUGGUAGGAAAUGAUGGACAUCUUACAUAUGAUCACUUGAAUGACGGAGGAAGCCAGACCUUGGGCUCGUGUUUCCGAGAUUAUCGCAACAGUUAUCAUGCCGUGAGAAUCAGGAUACGGUAUUACCAGAAAACAUUGCAGGCAAAUGACCAUGAUGUUCUGUCCUUUCUCACGUUCAGCUUGACUGAGCCUGGAACAAUGGAUCCUUCAAGCCAGGUACCCAGUAAAGAGCAGGAGGAGUAUCAAAAGGAGUAUGAGCGCUUCGAGAAAGACUUGGAGAAACGUAAAGAUGAAUUUCAGAAAGAACACCCAGAGCUGCAGACACCAGACGACGAGGCGUUUGAGACGGAGGGUCAGAGGGAGUUACAGAUGGUCGCUGGUGGGCAAUGGAUGAUCCACGACGAGUUGAAGAAGCUGCGAGAGACAUUAGACACAGCGUUUGAGGAACAGAGGCGACGCUCUGAGCACCUCAGCAGGAUGGGCAAGGACGAACGUACCACCACAGCACGAGGGCAGCCAGAGCAGGUAAGUGGCAAAUAUACUGAAUGUAGCUCGGAGAAUCAGAGGUUGGAACUGCUGGUCACUUCAUUAAAGCAAGAAAUUACAGAAAAGGAGCAAGCAUUAAGACAAAUUGAGAGGCUCAGAAAGACUGAGAAGACUGAACUCGAAAUUAAGAUUUCAUCAUUGGAACUGAAGUUGGCCGAAGUGGAAGUUUUGGGAGAACUUCACCAACAAAAGGGACCGAAUGAAGAAUCCGAGAAGCACCAGAGUUCUCCCAUUCGGAAGUGUGCUCGUUGUGAUUCCUUUAUGGAAGAAAUGAGCUCCAAAUUGCAAGAUUACAGUGCCAGGAACAGCGAGCUCCAGGCACAGCGGGAAACGACCCUGAAAUCACUGAAUGAGGUGCAGGUCCUCACCAAGGGGCUGCAGGAGACACUGACGUUCGAACAACAGUUGUCUCAAACUCUCCAGAGGGAGAACCACAGCUUCAGCAAACGCAGCCAAGAAAUGACUGAACAGUUGGCCACUUUGGUGAAAGAGCAAGAAGAUUUGACCAAAGCUUACAGUAAGCUCCCAGGGAACGGGAAAGGGAAUGCCUCUGUUGAUUACUGGGUGCCCCGAUCACACCUUGUGCAGAAUGUGGUCGAAAUGGUGAAGUCCCAAGAGGAGCAGAAACUGCACUUGGAGGAAGAGAAUCGGAGGCUGAAAGAAGACCCUGGUUUUCAAAGCUUCCAGAAGCUGGAAAAGGAGAUUCAGAGCCUGCAGCAACAUCUGGAUGCGAAAACAGAAAAGAUGACCGCCAUGGCUUGUGAAAUGGAAGCAUUAAGACACAAGAAUGAAUGUCUCAUGACAGCAAACAUGAAGGAUUGGCAACAGGUCCAGAGCUUGAGGGAGCAAAGUCAUGACUCACUGAUUGCCGCCAUCCUGGGGGCUGUCCCAAGGCCAUCCGACGGUCAGCACUGCAAUCCGUGGGCGACGCACUUGUUUCAGGAGCUCCAGCCUGGUCACCAAGGAGCGAGAGAGCCGUCCCCCUGUCAGAUGGGGGGCUUGACCUCGCCCACAGCGACCCCUAGGGGGAAGGAUGGGCAAUGGUACUCAGGUUGCUCCUUACCUGACCACGGCACUCCCCGCGCUGAGGCCUGGUUCAGCGGUAUGUCAACAAGGCUCAACAAGCAGUCGAAACAGGUCCACUCGGCAGACCGGCAUUCACCUGCUUCGACCCAGCGCAGGACUCCAUCUCCUCCCAGACCCAACUGUCCAGACCCACCGCUGAAUGCUAGCAAGUCACCACAUGAUUUCCCCUCAGCCUCAGAAUCUCAGAGUGAGGACGAGAAGUCGCAGGGAAAGGCGAUGACUCCUGCAAUGAAAUGUUCGCUUCUGCUAUCCCCUCGGCCUUUCAGAUUGCACAGGUCAAACAGGAAUAAAAAAUGACAUCCUUUGGUGAAGAACCGAAAUUAUUUUUAAAGCAAAUUGUGCAUCCUUUUAAAGAACCUAAAAGAUCAGAACUCAAUACUCUUAAAGGGGGCACUACCUUCAUGUAAUAUUGUAUGAUGUUAAUAUGCUGGAAUAUUUUACUUUGGAAAGGAUUGCUCAUGUUUAAGUCACGAUUAUGUACGGUUCAACACAAUUUAAAUCAGCGUGCUUCAAGUUGGCUUAUAAGCGAGACAGACUUGGGAAAUGUGUCUCUAUCUCAGUCGUUCACCCUUUGAUAAAUUGCAUGUUCACAGAAUUUUUAGACCAUUCAGCCCAUCAUGCCUGCACCAGCUCUCUGAGCAUUUUGACUUUGUGCCAAAUUCCCAUUUCCCACUACCCUGUUUCCAUUGCAAUAAUCAUCCAAUGCCCAUCUUGAAUGCCUGUCUCCACCUCACUUCCAGGCAGCGCGUUCCAGAAUGGAACCACUCACUGUGUGAAAAAGACUUUUAUUUCAUCCUGAAAUUACUUCUUUUGCGAAAUGCUUUUUGUGCCCUCUGGUUCUCAAUCCUUUUAUGAGCAGGAAGCAUUUCCCUGAAACUGUGUGAGUGGACGAGCCGGUAUUUAGUCUGUAACAUUGUCUGUAAUUUCAUGGGUCUCAGCAAGGAACGCACUUCAAAGCUACAAAAGCAGGUUUUGGAAGGGAUUUUUUUGUUCAUUCAUAUGAGAUGAGGGCAUCGCUGACUAAGCUAGCUUUUAUUUGCCCAUCCCAAAUUGUUUAUGGUGAGCGGGAGAGAAGGAGGAGAAUGGUUUGAGUGGUACAUUGAGAUUGCAAACCAUUUAGCUUGAGAUCAGUCAGGAAGGUGCAGGUGGGAGCUGUCAAGACCAUACCUUCAAUCUUUCCUGAUUUCAAACUGUAUGAAGUUGCGGCUUGAUUGGAAUUCUGGGCAAACAGUUUUCCCUUGUCCAAUGGUUCGCGCAGAGAAGUGGUGCCAAUGGGCGAAUAAUGGUUUUACGAUGUUGAAUACACGGAUGUUCAAUUCCUUAUUAAUUGAUGGAUCUUUGACAAUGAACAUUCAGAAAUGACAAUGUCAAGACCGAUUAUGGAGAGAUGCAGUUAAGAUCAAACAUAGCCAGUCCAAUAUAACAGAUAUCCACCCUGCCCCACUCAUCAUCUUAAAGGGGUAUAAGUAUUUCUCUCCAUUUUGAAUAACACAAUGCAAGGACAUAAGGGACAUAGCAACUUUUUAAAAGAGGUACAUUGGUACCAUUAUGUAGUAACCCUGUAGAGAUGGGCGUGAAAAUCCCCAAGGUACUUUUCCCAUCUGUCCGCCCAAUGUUCUGGAUAGCUUUCCCCAUCCUCUCCAUUAAUUGGUUACUUCACCUUUCAACCCACCCGGACAUUACAUAAGACUUAGUAACGAAAGCAGGCUAUUCAGCCCAUCAAGCCUGCUCCACCAUUCUAACUCAGCCUUGAACAAAUUUAAAGACCCAGCCUUGAUCAUCUUCUCGUGAAGAGAAGCUGCUUUUAUUGCAUGUUUGUGAUGAGCAAGUUGACUACCGUACGCAGUGAAGUGCUUGGGGAAACCCUAAGGACACAAAAGGUGCUAUAGAAAUGCCCUUGCUUCACAAAGAAAGCUUGUGCACAAUUUGGUUUAGGGGCCUUAGCCUGGUUCCUGGUGUUUGCUCCCAAUAAUGUCCACUUCCCCAUGAUGUACUGCAAGUAACAGAAAUGCAGUUCCUGAGGGACAAUGAGCUCCAAACUACAAGAAAUGGGAGUUGUUGACUGUAUGAAACAGAUUAAUGCCAGACAAUCCCUCUAUUAUAAUUAUAGUUUUACAUAGGGAUUUCCAGUGACCAGAAACUCAACUGGACUCACCACUUAAACACAGUGGCUACACGAACCGGUCAGAGGCUAGGAAUACUGCAG